AGGACUGCAUAAGGGCAUCGAUCCUGGAGAGAUGACUGCAGAAGGCAGCAGGUAUGUUGCACAGGGGGUGUCUGUCUCUGGCUAAGCUUAUCAAGUUUUACUGUAGUAGAUCUGAAUGUUUUUACAAAGUCCCUUGGGGGGUUGCAACAAAGGACUGCAAAUAUUUCCUGACUGUAAAAUAUUUCAGUAAAAACUGUUUUCUAUUUUCUAUCCAUCACAGGGAUGGUUAAUUUCCUCAAAUUCAGUUGAAGUUCAGCUUCAAAGGGUGAGGCAGAUUUUAAAUGUGUGUAAGAGCAAGAGAAAUUGGAAAGAACAGUAUAAAUAGUGUAACAGAUCCUGGACUUCGGGGACUCAGUUUCUGAGCUCAUCAGUUUUGCAGGGAAACACUAACAUAAAUGCAAAUCUCAUACUGGAUUGUUGAGCUUAAAGAAAGAAAGGAAAAAGAGUCCUCAGUGAAAGACUGGAAAUGAAAUUAUUUAACUGGAAAGGAAUCAAUACAAGUAAACAAAACCAAAAGCAGUUUCAGCAGGAGAGGAGAGGGGAGGUGCUAAAAGAGAAGGGCAGGACAAUCCCUUGCAGCAGCUGUACAGACUUGGAUCAGCAUACACUGAUGAUGAAGCCCCACACUUACGCUUUCUCUGAUGUUGCUGGGUUGCAGGAAAGAGCUUGCUGUCUAUACUCGGCCUGUGUCUGAGCUGCAGAAGCAUCUCAACCUGAGAUUGUCUCUGCAAUAAUAGUUGAUAUUUGGUAUCCUCCAUAGGAAAUAGGACACAGAGCAGCUCUAGAAAUAAAAAAAUACCUUGAGAACACAGACCUUUGUUCUUCUCUAUUAAAAAGACCCCACACUCAUACAUUGCAAAGUUGGUUUUAACAGAACAUCCACCUGCAUUUGCUGUUCCCCAUACUCUGCAGGUCUGGGUUGAGUUUGUUUUUCAGGAGUUAUUCCUGUAUAUCGCCCACUUCAUCCAGCCCUAAUGAUUGCUCAAACCCUCCAUCUAUUUUUGGCAAACCCUGGCCUGUGCAGUCCUCUGAACUGCCUCAUCUGGGGGAGUGCUAGCUCAUUUGUGCCAAGACUGCAUCCAGGUGUGUGCUGUGCCAUCCUGUGCCCUGAAGCCUCUAUCCUGGCUCUGGUCUAUUUGCUAGCAUGGAUGUAGCCAUGAAGCCUCUGCUCAUGGGGCUGUCAUUUAAAAGGUACCUGUCCAAAGUAUGUGAUCUUUUUUCCCUUCAUUUGAAGAAUUCCCUUUUCUUUUUUCAUCAGACAAACGUAUGACACCUCGUUGCAGCUAUCAGCCUGUGAAAACAGGAUUUCAGCGCUGGAGACCUUAUGUUAUGAAGUGAAAGAAAGGGUGACGUGGAUAGAAGAACACUGUGAGUCCAGUGGCCAGAAAUCACAAUGUUUAGCAUGGCCCCUAAUGAUCAGCUUAGCUGGUAUAUGCUAGGACAGGUUGGACAGAAGAUUAUGAAUAAGUCAGACACAAGGAGGGCUCUGAGUUAGCAACAAGUUUUUCAGGGCUAUAUAGGGAACCCAGAGACAAUAUACAGAAGGCACUUGAUCUGCACCAUAUAACAUGCAGAUUUUACACUUUCAGAGUAUUUUAUUUGCACUAUUGAUACUGAGUCACAAACCACACACCUGACAAAGGACAGCCUUGAGAAGUUUUGGUCUCUCGACUUUUUUCCUUAUGGGUUGAUCAGGAAUUGGAGGGAGAAAUGUUUCUGCAUUUCUUAGGACUGUAAUGGAUAAUUGCCUACUGACUGGAUGUGGUUUAUUAUUUCUUUCUUCCCCUGAUGGAUGGACAGACAGGAAGAAAAUGGUUUGGUCUGACUCUGUUGAAACUCGACUGGAGUCACUGGACAGGCAGUGUACUGCACCUGUUAAUUACCACAUACAGAAGAUUAGCAAUGAUUCUCAUCCUUACCAGCAGGGAUACAGAAGCUAUCAGAAAGCAUUUUCUGGAGAGGUCACCCAAAAAGACUUGGAGAAAGAGAAUGAGAAGCUGAAAGAGAUGGUCAUAGUGCUAGAGGCAAGAAACAAAGAGCUCUUGUCUAAAGCGAUGGGCAGGCACAAGCAGUCUGAGAACAUGAACGACGAUUCGCGUCUGUCUGCUGUGCUGCGCAUGUAUGAUAUGCUCAGGCUACACGACUGGGAAAAAUUCAGGACAAACAUGCCCUCUUUGACAAAUAAAGAUGGCAGCUGCAUGAUUAAGGAGCUGUUUGUUGCCUGUGAGACAGAUAUCCAGGAGACAACAACCAAAAUAUUUGAAGUUCUUGACAUUCCACCUUUGGAUGAUGUUAUGACUGACAGCAAACAGGGGAUGAUGCAUGAUAUAAGGAAUAUCCUCAGACAUUCGUAUUACCAAAAGCAACUAGAGUUUUACAGCAAAAUUGUCACGCAAGCUGGCAUUGCCCCAACAACCGACACUGAAAGCGAGUUCAUGCUGAAGUGCUGCAGAGUUUAUUGUUUGCUGUAUCUUCAGGACCCACCAGUUAAAGCUGAGUGGAACACACAGGGAAGCCAAAUGCAAAAUAUAGAGCACAUCAAUAAGAAAGAACAGAACCGCUGGAGAAAAACAACAUUACUGUGGCCCAUAAUGAAAUGUGGGGAAGAAGUCAUUGUGAAAGGUGUAGUCUGGGAUAAAAAGUAGCAUGACUUCAGAGUCAAGCUACUCAUUUACAUGACCACAAGAUGAAACAGCUGCUGCACAAUAUGCUGCUUUUCUUUCUCCUGUGAACUGCCUGCUUUUCAGAGUUAGUAAGUUAGACACAGAGCUUGGGCCCCUAGGAUAAAUCAUUAUUUACAAACUUAUUAAAAAUUGAAAAUGCUUGCCUCAGCAGCAUGCACAUAUUUUAUGUAACAUUUCUUUUUUGCUGCCUCUUAAGCAGCAUUUGUAUGGAAAGAGAAUCUGUAUUUCUAGCCCACCUUACCUGCUCUUCACAAAUGCUUAUGACAUUUUCAGAUAACAGGAAGGAUCUCAGCCACCUCACUUGCCUCCUUACCAACAGCCAGUAGUAGGACCAACACUUUGCGGGACCCCUAACAGCAGUGGUAUCUCUGCCCUCCCCUGCUUCUAUAGCAGGUACACAAACUGUAGGCUCACGUUUUCUUCUUCAGCAGUGAGGCUGAAGAUGGCCUGUUGGGAAGCAGGCAUCCUUCUUGGGUAAAAAUGUCCUUAGUUGAGAAAAUAGAUGAAGGCACUAAAAAGACAACAUUCACAAAGGCUUCUGGACUUUCAGAAGGCAGGUGUGUGCAUAGGUAUGUGUACCCAGGCACAGACACUGAGGCCCACUCUUACAUGCCGAAAGGCCACUUGUCUCAGCACAAAUGCCUCCUGCCUGUUACUACUCAGAUGCUUUCCCAUGUCUGUGCAAUUUACCCCUCCAUAGCCCUUCAGCUCGUAUCUGCCACAGCUCUUGAUCAAAGUGCUCUAAAAGGUGUAUUUCACAGCGUAAGGGGGAUGCAAUGGGGCAAAAGUAUGCUUAUGUGCUCACGUGACAAAAUAUUCAGUGUGAAUCUUGAGAUCUGCCAAAUAAAAUAGACUGGAAAUCCU